GGAAAGAGAAGCACGAGGAGCAGACCAGACCGGGCAACGCUGCAGGGUGUGUGAUGGGCGCUGGUUUGGUUGCGGCGCGCGGUCGAUUCUGCGCGACGACGACGCUUGAAAGAGGCCAAAGAGCGCUGACACUUAUCGACAAGAGCAGGCCAUGUCGAGACUAGCGCCCAUCAACCCGAAGCCCUUCCUACAGGAUCUUCUUCACAAGACUGUCGUUGUACGGCUCAAAUGGGGCCAAGAGUACCGCGGCACGCUGCAGGCAGUCGACAAUUACAUGAAUUUGCAGUUGCUACAGACACAAGAGUUUGUCGAUGGGAAGGACGCAGGUAUGCUGGGGGAGGUGAUGAUUCGAUGCAAUAAUGUCCUCUGGAUAUCAGGCGAUCAAGAGGACCUGAAGAAUGCAAUGGAGGAGUGACAACAUGCUCACACAUGAGAUCUGGCUCGGAAAGGUUGACCAUGUCUUCGACGUGCUUAUCGCAAAGGGAUGAUCACUUGCGACAU